CUGACCUCAGCCGCCCAACGCACUGUGUCCUUGUCUUGUCUGAGGCUUGGGACCAACAAGGGCGGCUCCACAGCAGGCCAGGCUCCGCUCCGGACUCGCGUGGAGCUCCCCAAGGCCUCCGGCUCCAGCGCCAGUCCUGUCAUAAUGGCGACGCUGAGCCUGGAGCCCGCGGGCCGCAGCUGCUGGGACGAGCCGCUGAGCAUCUCCGUGCGCGACCUGGCCCCCGAGCAGCCCGUCACGCUGCGCGCCGCCCUGCGCGACGAGAAAGGCGCGCUCUUCCGCUCCCACGCGCGCUACCGCGCCGACCCCCACGGCGAGCUGGACCUGGCGCGCGCGCCCGCGCUAGGCGGCAGCUUCGCGGGGCUCGAGCCCAUGGGGCUGCUCUGGGCCAUGGAGCCCGAUCGGCCUUUCUGGCGCCUGAUCAAGCGCGACGUGCAGACGCCCUUCGUGGUGGAGCUGGAGGUGCUGGACGGCCACGAGCCCGACGGCGGGCGGCUGCUGGCGCGGGCGGUGCACGAGCGUCACUUCAUGGCGCCCGGGGUGCGGCGCGUGCCCGUGCGCGAGGGCCGUGUGCGCGCCACGCUCUUCCUGCCUCCAGGCAAGGGGAGGUUCCCGGGGAUCAUCGAUUUGUUUGGAAGUGGCGGUGGCCUCUGUGAAUACAGAGCCAGCCUCCUGGCUGGGCAUGGUUUUGCGGUACUUGCUCUGGCUUACUUCAGAUUUGAAGACCUCCCUGAAUAUUUGAGUGAUGUGCACCUGGAGUACUUUGAAGAAGCCGUGGCCUUUCUGCUGCAGCAUCCAAAGGUGAAAGGCCCGAAUGUCGGCCUUCUUGGUUUCUCCAAAGGCGGUGACCUGUGCCUCUCAAUGGCUGCUUUCCUAAGGAACAUCACGGCCACUGUCCUUAUCAACGCCUCUGUGGCCAACACAAUAGCUCCCCUGUAUUACAAAGGUCUGUCUGUUCCUGAUCUCGGCUGUGACCUAACAAAACAAAAGACCAUGGAGUCAGGCCUUUUGGAUUUGGGGGAUAUUUGGAACAAUCCACUGCAGGAACCUCACCACCAAAGUCUUAUUCCACUGGAAAGGGCUCAGGGACCUUUCCUGUUCAUUGUGGGCUUGGAUGAUCAUAACUGGAAGAGUGAAUCCUAUGCUCAUAUAGCCUGUGGACGGCUACAAGCCCACGGAAAAGGCAGACCCCAGGUAAUCUACUAUCCAGAAACUGGCCACUGCAUCGACCCACCUUACUUCCCUCCUUCCAGAGCUUCUGUGCACGCAGUGUUGGGUGAAGCAGUGUUCUACGGAGGUGAGGCAAGGGCUCACUCAAGGGCACAGGUGGAUGCCUGGCAGCAAAUCCAGACUUUCUUCCAAAAAUAUCUCAAUCGUGAAAUACCUGAGAAGCGCAGCAAAAUAUAACAUUGCAACUUUGAACCAAAUGCCAUGUGUGAAGCUCUAAUCAUGCAAAUUCCUUUGGACUUCCAGAGUACUAAGGAGGCUUUUUUUUUUUGUAGUUUCAUAUUCACAUCCUUGUGUAGACAAGGAUGACCUCGAACUUCUGAUCCUUCUGCUUCCAUCUCUUCAGUGCUGAUAUCAUAACCAUACACUUACACUAUCAUGGUUUUCUGGGUAUACACAAAACCUCUCAGCAAGCCAAUUCUAACUAGUAAAAAAAAAGUUUCCUCAGAGGUACCAGUGAGAGUCAACUGUAAAACCUUGUAUUCUAACUCUGGGAGUUUCUGCUUCAACUCAUUCCCGGACAGGCCUGCUGCUGGAGAGACACUAGGGAUGUCUAACCCGGGCAGUUAGACGAGAUUUCCAACACCUGUGAAAUAAGUGCAACGCUCAGAAAUCAGUUCUCCUGAGUUCUUCGUCAUGUUAAAAGCAUCAAGCGAUAGAAAGGUCGUCUCUCCAAAGAUGCCUCCAUAGUAGCAAGUAGAGCUCCAUCUCAGGCUCUACCGGUCACUCUGUGAUUGCUCUUGAAUAAGCUGUUGAUCUCUCUAACCCUCCAUAUCUUUAUCUGUAUAGUGGGAAAAUAGCAAAUACUGCAUUGAGAUGUUAUGAUUAAAUCAGACAAUCCCCACCUUUCUAUCCACAUCAAGGAAACACGCACAUGCGCGCACACACACACAAAGACAGAGAGACAGAGAGAAAAGGAGGGUGCUGGGAGUGGGGAGGCUACAGACUCCCAAAGCCCGUCCCCAGUGGCAUUCUUACUCCAUCACGUCUUCAUAUCCUGUAAGUUCCACAACAUCCCCCAAAACAGCAAUUGGACCAAGUAUUCAAAUAUGUGACUCUAUGGGGGACCUUUUCCCAUUCACAUUAUCACCGCAUGGUACCCCCAAAUAUGUACAAAUUCUUGUUUUUAGACACUUUAAUAUAAAUUUUACAAUAAUAAAACAUAACCAAAUCCAA